AGGUCCUUGAAAUACUUAAUAACCAUGUUUCUCUUGAAGAUACAAUAUCUAAUGGUUCUCAAUAUUUGUCAACUCAAGAUUAUAGUAUCAUCGAAUCUAACGCUUUAGCUAACGGAAGCUCAUCAAAAGUUAAUAUGAUUGAUUUUAAUACUGUCAGUAUACAAAAUCAUAGGAAUAUUAUUUUAAAUCUUCCCCAAGUUCAUAUUAGUGGUCCUGAGUAUGAAUAA